AUGCCGCCCGCUCCCGUGCACGUCCCCAACUCAGAUCCAGAGGCUACGCCAGAUCCCGUCGCUGCGCCGCCGGCCCCGGCGGCGGUCCCGCUCACCCCCGAGCUCUUCGCCGCGCUCAGCCGGGUGGCCGCCAGGUCCGACCCCGACGCCGGCGCGCCGAGGAUCCCUCUCACGCCCGAGCUCCUCGCCAUCCUGCGCGGCGAGCUCGAGCCCUCCCCCGACGACCACUCCGACUUGGCCCUCCAUCUCCGCCUUUCCCAGCAGCAGCUCGACUCCAUGUCCGCGAGCCUCCCCUCCGCCACGCCCCCGCAACGCCCACAGUCUCCCCUGCCCCCGCCGCCCUCUCAUGUGCCACCGCCGCCCCCUCCUCCGCCCAGCGCGCAUGCCAACCCGGCGAUGGAGAUGGCGCUCCACUAUCGCCCGCUGGUGCGCCGCGCGCGACUCACCUUCGAGGCGCUCUGGGGCCGCUACCACCGCAACGCCGAGCACAACCCCGUCCCCGGCAGCCGCAACCGGGCCGACUUGCGGGCCCUCGGCGCCAUGAUCAAAGGGGGGCUCUGCCUCAACCGCGAUAAGCGCAUCGUAGGGCCCGUGCCGGGCGUCUUCGUCGGCGAUGCCUUUAACUACCGCGCCGAGCUCCUCGUCGUCGGCCUGCACAACCAAACGCAGGCCGACAUCGGCUACGUGCCCGCCAGCAAGCUCGACGGGGGCCACUCCGUCGCCACCAGCAUCGUCUCCUCGGGCAGGUACCUCGACGACCACGACAACGGGGAUGUCUUGAUCUACACGGGAAGCGGCGGCAGCCCGCCGAACGCCGGCAACCUCGCCCUCACAUCCAGCUGCAAGUACGGCAUCGAGGUGCGCGUCAUCCGCUGCCACGACUGCCACGCCAGCCCCAGCGGCAAGCUCCACGUCUACGACGGCCUCUACAAGGUCCAUUCCACCACCGAGGUCUGCAAGUUCAAGCUCGUGCGUGUGCCCGGCCAGGAAGCGCUCGGCAGCAACACCUGGCGCUCCGCCAGAGACCUCAUCAACCAGCUCGACGCCAAGAUCCAGCCUCCCGACUACAUCACGCUGGACAUGUCCAAGGGCAAGGAAGCGGUUCCCGUCCCCGUCCACAACACGGUGGACCAUGACGUCUUUCCCCUCAAGUUCGAGUACCUCGCACGCCCCGAGUUCCCGGCGCCGCCGGCGAUGCCCGGCCACAAGUGCUGCAUCAACGCCAAGACUGCGUGCAGCGAGACGUCCGGUUGCGCCUGCGUGAAGAGGAGCGGCGGAGGCGGCCCAGCGUACAAUGCUGACGGCAUGCUCUUGAGGGGGCGGCCGGUGGUGUACGAGUGCGGCGCGUCGUGCGGGUGCCCGGCGAGCUGCCCCAACCGGGUGACUCAGCGGGGGAUGAGGCACCGGCUGGAGGUGUUCCGGUCGACGGAGACGGAUUGGGGCGUGAGGACGCUGGACCUGAUCCAGCCGGGCGCAUUCCUCUGCGAGUUCGCCGGGGACGUGCUCCUCGCGGAUCACCCCCGCAUUGCCAACGCGAACGCCAAUGCCAAUACCGGCGCGUCAACGGAGGAGUGGGCCUGCUUCAUCGACCCGAGGAAGUUUCCGACGAGGUGGAUGGAGUGGGGGUACGCCCCCGCGGCCGUGCUUCCGGACGACGGCGAGGAACCGCCCCGUUUCGUGCAGUGCCCGGCGCCGGGGUACGUGCUCGAUAUAUCCAAGAGGAAGAACAUCGCGGCCUACAUCAGCCACAGCAGCUUAGUGCCGAACGCCUUCGUCCAGCUCGUGGUCCGUGGCAACGAGGACGAGUCGUGCCCCCACCUGAUGGUCUUCGCCAUGGAGAUCAUCCCGCCGAUGAGCGAGCUGAGCAUCGACUACGGCCUUGGUCAGUGA